CGAGUGCAGCGAUCGGGCGAUCGGGCACGACGCGAACAUGCUACUCGACCAAGGACACGUCAGAUCCGCUGAAUGCCGAAAUCGACGACGAUAUCUACAUCGAUACCAAGGAUCUGUGCAGGCGCAUCGCCUGGGAGUUGAAACAGCACUCCAUUCCGCAGGCCAUCUUCGCCGAACGCAUAUUGUGCAGGAGUCAGGGCACACUGUCAGAUCUCUUAAGAAACCCGAAACCGUGGAAUAAGUUGAAGUCGGGUCGUGAGACGUUCCGAAGGAUGUUCAAUUGGGUGCAGCAGCCGUUGGAGUUACGACUCGGCAUUCUCGAUAUGUACAAAGGUUUAUUAUUAUUAUUAUUAUUAUUAUUAUUGUUAUUUAUUAUUAUUAAUGUUAUUAUUAUUGUUAUUAUUUAUAUUAUUAUUGUUAUUUAUUAUUAUUAUUAUUGUUAUUAUUAUUUAUAUUAUUAUUGUUAUUUAUUAUUAAUAAUGUUAUUAUUGUUAUUAUUAUUGUUGUUAUUAUUGUCAUUGUUAUUAUUAUUAUUAUUAUUAUUAUUAUUAUUAUUAUUAUCAUAA